ACUCGAGGCAGCUCCUAGAAGCCUGGAGAAAGAGACAGCCAGUGCUGAGUGCUCAAGUGGAAAUGCCUGGGUUGCCGUGGCAGAUGGAUGUGAAGGGAUAAAAAGGCUCAGGAAAGGGGGCACACUGGAAUCGAUAUGUAAUGUGAGGCCAGAAGAUCCACAGUGGGGCGGGGGUUGGGUUAGUUUCCACCGGGGGUUCCACUGAAACAAGAGCCUAGAGAGAUAUAUAAUUUGUAUCUUUCUUGACUAGUAAGCUUUAGUUUCUAAAUUUUCUAGAAUAAGCCGUCAGUAGGAAAGCAAGUAAGUCAACACGAGUUCUCAUUUGAUGAGCUUUCAUGGAUGCAUACUGCAGAUUCUGCAAGAGGAUGGACCAACUUCAGGGAGAGCCCUCAGGAGGAGACUGACCAUUCUACCUCUUGUGGCCACAAUGCUGACUGCCCGCCUCUUCAGACCGCUGUCACAUCUCCCUGGGAAAACCCUGAGUUUCUAUGAUAGAGAAAAGGGAACAAGACGCAUGCUGCUGCUCUACUCUGCCCCUCCUGGCCCUGUCAGCCGGCGCACUUAUUCCGACGAGGUGAACCCGGUUGGCAGCAAAGCUGUCCUGGUCACAGGCUGUGACUCGGGAUUUGGGUUCUCCUUGGCCAAACAUCUGCAUUCAAAAGGCUUCCUUGUGUUUGCUGGCUGCUUGAUGAAGGACAGAGGAAAUGAUGGGGUCAAGGAGCUCGACAGCUUGAAGAGCGAUCGACUAAGAACUGUUCAGCUCAACGUCUGCAAAAGCGAGGAAGUGGACAAAGUGGUGGAGAUUGUCCGCUCGGGCCUGGUGGACCCUGAGAAAGGCAUGUGGGGCCUGGUUAACAACGCGGGCAUCUCGACUUUUGGAGAGGUGGAGUUCACCAGCAUGGAGACCUACAAGGAGGUGGCAGAGGUGAACCUCUGGGGCACGGUGCGGAUGACAAAAUCCUUUCUGCCCCUCAUCCGAAGGGCCAAAGGCCGUGUUGUAAACAUCAGCAGCAUGCUGGGCCGCAUGGCCAACCCAGCCCGCUCCCCGUACUGCAUCACCAAGUUCGGGGUGGAGGCUUUCUCUGACUGCCUGCGCUACGAGAUGUACCCGCUGGGCGUGAAGGUCAGCGUGGUGGAGCCUGGCAACUUCAUUGCUGCCACCAGCCUCUAUAGCCCUGAGCGGAUCCAGGCCAUUGCCAAUAAGAUGUGGGACGAACUGCCUGAGGUGGUGCGCAAGGAUUAUGGCAGGAAGUACUUUGAUGAGAAGAUCGCCAAGAUGGAGACCUACUGCAACAGCGGCUCCACAGACACCUCCCCUGUCAUCAACGCCGUCACCCACGCUCUGACCUCUGCCAACCCCUACACUCGCUACCACCCCAUGGACUACUACUGGUGGCUUCGAAUGCAGAUCAUGACCCACUUGCCCGGAGCCGUCUCCGACAGGAUCUACAUACACUGAUGAGUUUCCCAUCAGCCUCUGUUGGGGAGCCCUGAGGGGCGGGAGGGAGGAUCUGGUGUCACCUCUUAAUUACCUACUUGUGCAUUAUCCACACACAGUCUACCAGUUUUAGGAUUCAUCAGAGGGGAAAGCCCAGCCCUACUUGGGGUGCACAGUGCAUGCCUGGGCCUUUGCAGUCAGGGUGUGGAGUGUGUGCAGGGCUCGGCUCCACAACCUCAGGGCAUACAUGGUACAUCCGUCUUGCAGGAGGUGACUUCAUACAAAGGGUUUGGGAUGACGUGUUUAUAUUAAAAACAGAUUUAUUAUGAAUUCUUUACAUUUUAAAGCUAAAAAUCAGUUAAAAAAAUGUAUCUCACUUGAUCCUUACACCAGCCUUAUACGUAAAAAGGACAGAUAGGUGUUUCUUUGGUGUGUGAACUUGCGGCCCAAAGAGGAUACACGAGUAACCCAUUUAUUGCCUAUAAAUGGUCCAAGUUGUGUGCCCCUGCCAUUGCUGUAGCAUGAUUUGUGUCCCAGGGCUGCUCUGAAUCCAGUUACCUGAGAAUCCUGUGAUGAGCUCGGUAUCCUUGCCUGAGCCAUACAUACCAUGUGCCCACUGUGCACCCCUUUGCAUGUCCAUGGUGCCUUGUGUGUGACCCAAAGCCAGCAAUUCCAAGGGGUGUGGACAUUCUGGAAAUUUCCAUUUGUGAUUUCUCCACCCUCUCUUAGGACUUGUGUAAAGGUGCUUAUUGUGUAGAGGUGGCUAAGAGGUGCUUGUUGGUUUGUUUCUGGUUUGAGUCUGCUUAGUUUUGCCUGGGCUGCAAAUAGUGUUGGGACAUCCUUGGCAGGAGCCAUGGUACAUAAGCCUGCAUCAGGGGUAGGUGCAGGCUCCCUGCCUGUCUCAUGUGCUACGUACACUACGUACACACACACACACACACACACACACACACACACACACUCUCCCCCCCCCCCCCCCCCCCCCCCCCCCCCCCCCCCCCCCCCCCCCCCCGCCUCUCUCUCUCUCUCUCUCUCUCUGUGGCCUUUACUGAUGGUUUGCUUUCCUGUUAUGGCCUUAUUUGUAAUUAAAAAGCCAGGUCACUGAUA